GCCCAUGAAUAGAACCUGCCUCAGGGAGCCCACCUCGUUCCAGGAGGAUGAGAGUCAUGUGGAGCAGACAUGGACCCAACCUGCAGCUGGGAUGCUCCUAAAUCAGUCAAUCCUCAGCCAACCCACAGACUCAUGAGCAAGAGACAAAUGCUGCUUCUACCUAAAGAAAUACUGUAUUAAAAAAUUAGAAACCAACUCUUCUUGGCACCUCACCGAUCCUCACCCUUGGUGUCCCCAAGAACAAGAGGAAUUGUCAAAUCCUUCACCCACAUAACUGUCUUCAGGUCUCUGGAGAAAGCAGUGAAACAACACCUGAAUUUGUAUCUCAACAAGUUUUCCAGCUCAAGGUUGCAGGAGGAGAGUGCUGACACCCAGCAGAGGAAACUCAAAGUCUGAGUCGAGCCCGCACUCUGCAUGGAGAGUGAAACAUCUUUCAACCUAAUAUCAGAAAAAUGUGACAUUCUAUCCAUUCUUCGGGACCAUCCUGAAAACAGGAUUUACCGGAGGAAAAUCGAGGAACUCAGCAAAAGGUUCACCGCCAUCCGCAAGACCAAAGGGGAUGGGAAUUGCUUCUACAGGGCCUUGGGCUAUUCCUACCUGGAGUCCCUGCUGGGGAAGAGCAGGGAGAUCUUCAAGUUCAAAGAACGCGUACUGCAGACCCCAAAUGACCUUCUGGCUGCUGGCUUUGAGGAGCACAAGUUCAGAAACUUCUUCAAUGCUUUUUACAGUGUGGUGGAACUGGUAGAGAAGGAUGGCUCAGUGUCCAGCCUGCUGAAGGUGUUCAACGACCAGAGUGCCUCGGACCACAUCGUGCAGUUCCUGCGCCUGCUCACGUCGGCCUUCAUCAGGAACCGAGCAGACUUUUUCCGGCACUUCAUUGAUGAGGAGAUGGACAUCAAAGACUUCUGCACUCAUGAAGUGGAGCCCAUGGCCACGGAGUGUGACCACAUCCAGAUCACGGCGUUGUCGCAGGCCCUGAGCAUCGCCCUGCAGGUGGAGUACGUGGACGAGAUGGAUACCGCCCUGAACCACCACGUGUUCCCUGAGGCCGCCACCCCUUCCGUUUACCUGCUCUAUAAAACAUCCCACUACAACAUCCUUUAUGCAGCCGAUAAACAUUGAUUAAUUU